AUGGGUGUCCCAGCCUUGUUCCGUUGGCUGUCCAACAAAUACCCCAAGAUCAUUUCCUCGGUCAUCGAAGAGCUGCCUUACGAAGUCAACGGCGAAGAAAUUCCCGUUGACACUACUAAACCGAAUCCCAAUGGAGAGGAGAUGGAUAACCUCUAUCUCGACAUGAAUGGUAUCGUCCAUCCAUGUACCCAUCCUGAGGGCAAGCCUCCGCCGGCGAACGAGCAAGAGAUGAUGGUGGAAAUCUUCAAGUACACCGACCGUGUGGUGAACAUGGUCCGGCCCAGAAAGGUCCUUAUGAUUGCCGUCGAUGGUGUUGCGCCACGAGCGAAGAUGAACCAGCAACGAGCACGUCGAUUUCGUUCGGCCCAGGAGGCGAGAGAGGCGGAUGAGAAGAAGGAAGAAUUUCGCAAGAUGCUUGCGAAACAGAAUGGCAACAAAGCCGACCAAGAACUGCACGAAGAGGUCAUCCAGAAGACGUGGGAUAGCAACGUGAUCACACCUGGCACGCCUUUUAUGGACAUCCUUGCUGCAUCCUUGCGCUACUGGAUUGCUUACAAGCUGAAUACUGAUCCGGCUUGGGAGAAGCUCAAAAUCAUCAUUUCCGAUGCGACUGUCCCUGGAGAGGGUGAGCACAAGAUCAUGGAGUUUGUUCGUUCGCAGAGGGCGGCACCGGAGCACGACCCGAACACUCGCCAUGUUAUCUAUGGAUUGGAUGCCGAUUUGAUCAUGUUGGGUCUUGCUACCCAUGAGCCUCAUUUCCGAGUGCUGCGUGAAGAUGUCUUUUUCCAGGAAUCGCGGCCACGAACUUGCAAUUUGUGCGGUCAGCCAGGUCACAAGGCAGAGGAAUGCAGGGGUCAGGCAAAAGAAAAGAAUGGGGAGUUUGAUGAAAAGCAGAAAGGUUCCUCACUCAAACCAUUCAUCUGGCUCCAUGUGUCUGUCCUCAGAGAAUAUCUUGCUGCCGAGCUGUAUGUGCCGCAACAGCCGUUUCCCUUCGAUCUCGAACGGGCUCUGGAUGAUUGGGUUUUCAUGUGUUUCUUUGUAGGAAACGAUUUCCUGCCUCACUUGCCGUCAUUAGACAUCCGUGAGAAUGGUAUAGAUACUCUGAUUGCAAUUUGGCGUGAUAAUAUUCCUGUCAUGGGCGGAUACCUGACAGAGGACGGACAUGUCGAUCUGAAGCGGGCUCAGCUCAUUCUACAAGGACUCGCGAAGCAAGAAGAUGCUAUCUUUCGGCGUCGUAGACAAGCAGAGGAAAGGAAACUCGCCAAUGAGAAACGACGCAAACAAGAAGCAAAGGCCCGCGAGGAAGACCGAGCGAGCAAGCGCAGAAGAAGCUCGCCCAAUUACGAUGCUUUGGAGUCAACCAGUGGCCAGCGUUCCCGCGGAGGCGGAGAUCUGGCACCACCGACUCCAGUGGAACUGAUUACCCCCGGUCGAGGAGUGCUGUCGCGGGAGACCAGAGAAUUGACACACAGCAUGGUUGUGAAUCGCAGCGCGGUCUACAAGGCAAACAUGGCCAACAAGAGUGCAGCUGCUGUUCUCAAGAGCAAGCUGAUGAAAGGCUCCCAGGAUGAUGAAAAUGCGGGAGCGGAUGCUGAAGAGCCCGACUCGAACAACGGUGAACCGGCACAGGAGUCGCAGGACCCGGCAGAGCAGACUUCGCCGUCGGUUCUGGGCAAGAGAAAUGUCGAAGUCGUGGAAGAGGAGAGUGCUGAUGCAGGAACGCCAGUUGUGCCCGCGGCUGCCAAGGAGGACGAGCUUCCUCCUGACACGGUUCGCCUGUGGGAGGAAGGAUAUGCCGAUCGGUAUUAUGCGCAAAAGUUCGGCGUUGGCCCUGAAGAUAAGGAAUUCCGCCACAAAGUUGCCAGGGCGUAUGCCGAGGGAUUAGCGUGGGUGUUGCUGUACUAUUUCCAGGGAUGCCCGUCCUGGACUUGGUACUUUCCUUACCACUAUGCGCCCUUUGCCGCUGACUUCGUGGACAUUGGCGAUAUGGAGAUCUCCUUUGACAAGGGUAUCCCAUUCAGACCAUUCGAGCAGCUGAUGGGUGUUCUUCCAGCCUCAUCCAACCACGCCAUUCCUGAAGUCUUCCACGACCUGAUGAGCAACCCGAGCAGCGAGAUUAUCGACUUCUACCCAGAAGAUUUCGCUGUGGACCUGAACGGCAAGAAGUUUGCUUGGCAGGGUGUCAUUUUGCUGCCGUUCAUUGAUGAGCGGCGGUUACUUGCCGCCAUGGAAAAGAAAUAUCCUCUACUUAGUGAGGAUGAAAAGCUCCGUAACAGCGUGGGCCGAGACGUGCUGUUGAUAUCCGAAGCUCAUCCAUUGUAUCAGGAUUUGGUCGGCAAUUUCUAUUCGAAGAAGCAGGAUGCCUCCAAGUACAAGCUGAACAUGCGCAUUAGCGACGGCUUGGCCGGCAGGGUCGAGCGUAAUGAUGCAUACAUCCCCCAUAGCUCGCUGGUAUCAUCACUCGAGGAGUAUGGCAUGCCGAGCUUGGAUGAUGACCGCUCAUUGAUCGUGAAUUACGAGAUCCCCAAAUCCUCCCACGUCCACAAAUCCAUGCUUCUUCGAGGAGUCAAGUUCGGUCCUCCUGCACUGGAUAAUGCAGAUAUUCAAGCCGUCAAGCAUAGGGCUCAACAUUCAGGAAGAUCAUAUGGCGGCGCGCCCUUCCGCGGUGGCAAUCGGGGCGGACGUAUCAACUAUGCAAGCGAUCGGCCUAAUCCGUUCGCUGCGCACCUCGACCCCAGCUUCAUGCAAGGUGCCCCUGGCAAUGCAGGUGAGGUCCUCCUCCCCCUCCUCGUGGAGGAAUGUCAGGCUCCCAUCAUCGUCCUCCUUAUGGGCAAGGACCCGACCAGUAUCAGGGAAGCUAUGGACAGAACGAUUACCGUGGUCAUGGUCAGCAAGGGCACUAUAAUCAGUCCUCGUACUCCAAUCACUCCAACCAGUAUAAUGGCGGAUCGUCAGGCCAUGGUGGUGGUGGUGGUGGUGGUGGUGGAGGAUACAGAGGCGGCGGCAGAGGGUAUUCUCGUGGAGGAGGAGGAGGAGGAGGAGGAGGAGGAGGUUAUCGCAACCAGCGACAAUAUAACCAGGACAACUACUCUUCUAGAAAUUCGGGCGGGUAUGGACGUUACUGAGCAUUAA